AUGGGUGCCUACGCUCCCGUCACCAUCCAGACAUCUCUUGUUGAUGCGUCAUUCCCAGCGUUAGCCCUAAAAGCGACUUCUUCCAUGGCAGCCGUCAGUAUAUCGAUGACAACCCGUUCUGGUCGGUCUUCCAGGAAGCAGCCUCUAAGAUUGCCUAUCAUUGCCCCCAAGAGUUGUCUGGUGAGCCCCAGCGCCGGCUUGGACCCUCCGACGCCCAAGAAGGUUUCGGUCCGCCAGCACCGACUGCGCUUCCCACCCCAAGCAAAUGCCGUGAUAUCCGACGUUCCGUACAGCGAGAUGCUAACUUGUUUUGCCUUGUUUGGAAGUAGAGCCGCAAAGCAAUGUGCUCGUCUGGGCCAUGUCUGUGACUACCAACCACGAUUGUGCUUCCGAGAUGAUACCCGUCGCGUAAGGGAGCGCAUGCCGGAUGUUAGGACCGCGGGAAACGUGGUUUGGGACCCGACAGUCACUUCGCGGAAAACUAGCGUGCCUCCAGCUACAUGCGACUUACUCCCGCCCUUUGCGGCACUCACAUCAGAUGAAGAGCGGGAGAGAAAGGCACAAGCAGCGGUACCUGGAACUUACCAUGUGAUAGCCAUCCCAGAGAGUUUCUCUCGACUGCCUGAGUAUGCAGACGCGGACUCUGAACAAGACUCUGGGAACGAUGCUCUGCUCGAAAACGCUAGUGCCAGUAAUCCCCCGAUUGAAGAUGACAAUUGGGUCCAUGGUCCAAAUGUCGUUGUAUUGAAGAGCUUCAAGUCUGCACGAAGACAUUUGUACCCAGACAGAAGAAGUACCCCUCAAUCACCUGAAUCAGACCAGGGAAGCUUCUCAUUAUCUGCACCGUCGGUAUCGGAAUUGAUCCCGGACUAUCCGGCCACCAGUGUACAGCAUAUACAGGAAAGCGCCGAACCCAAUUAUUAUCAAAUGCUUCUUCUCGAACAUUUCCGUCAGUUCGUGUGUUUCCAGCUCCUUCCAAGCACUGGUCUUUUCAAUAUCAAUGGUCUGGAUGCGACUGUGUUUGAACGUGAGGCGUCAAACUUCCCUCCUCUAUACCAUACAAUGAUGGCUUUAUCCGCUCUCAGUCUGGUUCGCCACGGGGGUGGCCAUCACAUCGAUGCCUCAUUUUACUACGAUCGGGUUGCCGCUCUUUCCCAUGGUAGUCUCUGCAAUGAAGACCUCUUGUCCGAUGCUCUGUAUCUGACACAUUUUCUGAUGCUUGUUUAUGAGGUUGUGGCCGCCAACCCCGGUGGUUCAAACCUUUGGUCACACCACGUCUCUCGGCUGCUUCAUUUGGCCUUGCUGCGGCAAUCAAUUCCGGGGGCUGAACGAUUCCCUUGCAUCGCUUGGUGGGUAUGCCACGUGGAUCUAUAUGCGCUGUUCAGCGGUGCAGGCACGGGGGAGUUUGUCCGCGCCGUUCUCGACAACCAGCUGCUACUAGACUUGCAGUCGCUGUGUUGUGCAGUUGGGCCCAGUGACUCGGAUUAUCCACAGGCUGAUAACAGCUUACCUCUGAUCAUGCGAUUAUAUUACGACACCUUUACAUUAGCCAUCCGAAUCGGACUUCUCGCCGUCGAGACGCGCGAUGCCAAAGACUCUUACCUAAACAACUACUUGGGCUCUCGGCGACAGGAACUAAGGGAGGUACGUGAUGUGCUCAUAAGGCUAUGGGGCCAGCAGGAGGUGGGGUACUUGUACCAGAAUCAAAUUAGUCUUUCAGAACAGUCGCAGUGUCUGUUGCAGCCGCUUGCUAUUCUGUAUCACACCAGCCUGCUCUUCUCCUCAACCAGUCUCUGGGCAGGACAGCGGUUGGAGUCUGGGGCUGCCUCAGACGAGGAGAUUCACCACCACGCGAUGCGAACCUUACAGAUCGUAUCGGGGAUCGUGGAGAAGGGGCGAGCAGGGGACCGGCGAUUCAUUGCCUUUCCCAUAUUCCUGGCGGGCGCUGUGGCUCCAACAAGUGGGCUGAAAAUGAUGGCCUUGGAGCUACUAUCCAACCUAGAGGAGGGCGAAAUUGGGUAUAAUUCGGCUACAACAUGUCAGAUGUUGCAGGUAUUUUUCGAACGGCAAAUCCAGCAUUCUCAGCGUGGAGGCCAUGCGCUGGAGGUCGAAUGGGCGGAGGUGCUAGCCGAGCAUGGGCGACCUUUAGUCAACUACGGUUGA